AUGAAAAAAAUCAACGACGCUAAUCAAUUUCACUUUGUUGACCUUAAUUCGCCCAAAGAUAUUGUUCGAGUUCCACUCAAUGUUGACAUUCCAUUUCCUUCCGAAGACUUGGACAUUGAAGCUAUGUUUAAACCAAAACGAAAUAAAGAAAGAAAUAGAUUUAAAUCCCCGAAUAAAUGUGAACGGUGGCGAAAGGAACCACAACACGUUAAAGAACAUUACGAAAAUCUCGCGAAAACGGCAAAAAUAAUAUUCAAUGAUAAAUAUAAUACAACCAACAAUUUUAUUGACUCGAAAACAGAUUUCUCCUUUUCAUCAACCAACAAUUCUAUUGACUCGACAACAGAUUCCUUCUUUUCAUCAACCAACAUUUCUAUUGACUUGACAACAGAUUCUUCCUUUUCAUCAAUCAACAAUUUUAUUGACUCGACAGCAAAUUCCUCCCUUUCAUCAACAAAAAAUCGAAAUGUUGAAAAAGCAAACACCCCAUUGAAAAAAGCUUCGCGUUAUAAACCUACAAAAAAUCUUUAUCAUCACCUUCAUUCGACAAGGAAUCAUCGAUAA